AUGCCCACCAGCCUCAUCUUGGAAAGAGGUGAGAGAUGCCGUGUUAUUUCAGGCUAUCCUAGCCAGUACAUUAAGGUGGCGAAGCUUAUGGCAUGUAGAGUAGGAGAGUGCUGGAUGAGCCAUCUACACCAGACGCUCAUACAGAAACCCUUAAUUUCUAUCGCCAUACCUGGAUCGCAUGAUUCUUUUACUCAAACUUUAUUCGACAAAUAUCCAGUAGCUAAUGAUCAAGGUCGGUUUAUUCGAGAAUUAGGACGAUUUCGAUUUGUACGACGUUUUAUUCGACGAUGGUCAAGGACGCAGCAGUACUCAGUUACUGAACAGUUAUAUGCUGGGAUUCGCUAUUUCGAUAUUCGACUGACAGUGCCAUUAUUUUCUGAAUUAGACGGUAUUCGUGUUCUUCAUGCACUUUAUGGUGAUCGCAUUGAACAUUUUCUUCUUCAUAUUAAUGAAUUUUUAGUGUCUCAUUACCGAGAGGUUGUAAUUCUUGACUUCAAUCAUCUCUAUAACUUUGACAGAACUGCAUAUGCCAGUCUUUUCGUUAUGUUACAAAGUGUAUUUGGAAAGAAGUUGUGUCCACAACCAGAUGAUAUAAUGAAGUUAAGCCUAGCAUACAUGUGGGAGUCCGGUUAUCAGGUAAUAACUAUAGCAGCAGUAGAUUUGACAAGUCAGCAAUGCAUAUCUUGGAUAUGGGAUUCGAGCAGCAUUAUAAGUCCGUAUGCAAAUGUGGAUCGAAUUGAUCGGUUGUUUGCUUUUUUGGAUAAGACACUGAGAGAUCACAGGAAAAGUGCCAAAAAUACUUUCUUUGUUACUCAAGCAAUUUUGACUGCAAAAUGGAUUGAUAUUUUAUUACAUCCGUUUUCCACUCUAGAAAGACUGUAUGCUACUAAAUGCACAAAAGAAGCAAUUGUGUGGUUGAGUAAUUUUGAUGAACCUAAAUAUUUCAAUAUUAUCAUCUGUGAUUUCAUUGACUGCUUUGAUUUUUGUAAUGCUGUUAUUUCCCUCAAUACUUCACGUACCAAAAAUUUUUUAAACGACAUCAAUAGAACAUAUAGGGACAAAAAAAAAAGCGAUCCAGCUGAAUAUCGUUUUAUAAAUCAUUACGGAGACAAUGUUAUUAAAUCAGAUGGCCAUAUCGCUGGAGAGCAAUUUGUAAUUGACAAAUGUAAAGAAUGCUGCAUAUUAUUGCUUGAUCACUUGGCUACAGUAAACAUUGAUGACUGUGAAGAUUGCCUCAUUGUUACUGGUCCUUGCAAAGGAAGUGUAUUCAUUCGGGACUGCAAAAAUAUUUCGUUGUUUACAAUUUGCCAGCAGUUUCGAACUCGAGAUUGCAUUGAUAUUGACAUUUCCCUUUUCUGUGCAACGAGACCAAUCAUCGAAUCCAGUAAAUUUAUACGAUUUCGAUCGCUUGCUCUUUUUUAUGAAAAACUAGAAGAGCACAUGAUGAAGGCAUCACUGAGUCCUUUUGAUUGCGACACUAUUAAAAAAUUGGAUAUGCUGGCAAACAUAGAAAUUGUUAAAUUCAAUCCUGAAUUAUCAUCUCUUCCUUCCUAUACUCCUCAAAAUGAAGUCACUGCCAAGAAAAUGCUUAUAUUAUGUACACAACAGAAAGAUGAAACGUUGGCAUCAUUUUAUAGUCGUAUACUGAAAAUAUUACGACAAAUAUCAACGCUGGGUGCACAAUUGAUCACAACUAAUGAUAUUAUAGUGAAGAAAGGAGAACUUCGGCCUCUCUUUACAUCCAGAAAAUUAGCAAAGAUAUCGGGUCAUUUGAUUAUGAUUGAAGUUGCGUGGAAUAGACGACACGCCCAAGAAUGCUUCCAAGAAAUGAAUGAUACAAUUGAACUCAUACAUGACGAUGAUAAUUUUAAACACUAUCGAGCAUAUCUGUAUCGUUUUGUACAAAUGCAAGUUGAUAAAUGA